AUGCUGCGUGAUAGGAUUGUCUGUGGGGUGCUAGAUGAAGCACUCCAGCGGCGUCUGCUGGCAGAACCAAAGCUCACUUUUAAAGAUGCAGAGGAAAGAGCCCUCGCUGCCGAGACAGCCACUUCAAAUGCUCGCAUUCUUAAUCCAGAACAGACUGACACUGCACAAACAGCUGAUGUUCAUCAGACCUCAACGAAGGGGAAACAAACAGAGACCCAAAAUCAUCCGUGUUUCCGUUGUGGGGGGGUGCAUGACCCUCGUACCUGCAAAUUCAACUCAGCUGUACGUCAUUACUGUAAGAAGAGAGGGCAUAUUGCUCGUGUUUGCCUAAAGAAAGCCAAGGAUGGCUCUGAAUCUUUGGGGACGGGUGCCCAAUCAACACAGCAUGCACACAUUGUCACACAAAGAGAGGAGCAGGAAUACGAAAUCUACACAAUGGGCAGGCAGGUGAUUGCAGCAAAGAGGCUACCAUAUCAGACCACUGUGAUAUUAAACAACAAAGCACAUGUGAUGGAAGUGGAUUUUGGAGCGGCAUGCUCUUUGAUCAGUGAAAACACCUACAACACCCUGUGGUCGGACCAACCUCCUUUAAUACAUAAAGACAAUAGUGUGCUUAAGCAGUGGUCACAGGCAGAGCUGCGGGUUAGGGGGAAGAUUUUUGCAAAAGUGCAAUACCAGGGCCAUGAGGUCACAUUGCCCCUGCUUAUUGUGCAAGGACAGGGGACAAGUCUUUUGGGCCGCGACUGGUUUGAUGCCUUAGGCAUAUCCAUGAUGGGCGUGCAUCAAGUACACAUACAAUCCGUAGAGUCAAUCCUGAAUGAAUAUGCAGAAGUGUUUCAAGAGUUGGGGGCCACACACACACCUCCAAUCUCCAUUGACAUUGAUCCUACAGCUUCACCCAAGUUCUUCAAAGCCUGCCCUGUGCCAUUUGCUCUUCGUCCCAAGUUAGAUGAAGAACUUGAUAAGCUAGUAGCUCAAGGCAUUUUUGAGCCAGUACGUACCUCAAGACUAGCAGGUGGGGUGAUUUUCAGUAAACUGGACCUCAAACAAGCUUACCAGCAGCUCGUGUUGGAUGAUGCCGCAGCAGAACUCCUUACCAUUAACACACACUGUGGACUUUUCCAGGCCCGCCGUCUGCAGUUUGGGGUGUCAACGGCCGUGUCGAUAUUCCAGCGCUUCAUGGACACCCUUCUUGCUGGCAUUCCAGAAGCAGGUCUGCGGCUGCAGAAAGAAAAGAGCAUUUUUGCAGCAAGCCAGGUUGAGUUCCUGGGUUUUCGGGUGGAUAAGGAUGGUGUACGGCCAACUAGUGAAAAAGUGGAGGCAAUCCAGAAGGUGCCAUCACCCCAGAACAAAACACAGCUGCAAUCCUUUCUUGGCCUCCUAAAUUUUUACAGCUGUUUUCUGCCCAACAAAGCUACAGUGUUGGAAGCUCUGCAUCGUCUGCUGGACCAGUCCUCCACGUGGCACUGGAAUGAUGAACAUGAAAAGGCUUACACUGUUGCAAAGCAGCUACUACAAGCUGAUGGUGUGCUGACCCACUAUGAUGAAAGCAAACCCCUUGCCAUUGCAUGUGAUGCUUCACCCUAUGGCUUGGGGGCGCUUCUCUUCCAUAUUGAGCCAGACGGACGGGAGGCCCCCAUCUGUUUUGCAUCCAGAACGCUGUCUUUGACGGAGAGGAAUUAUGCACAAAUUGAUAAAGAGGCGCUGGCUGUCAUUUUUGCCAUCAGGAAGUUUCACCAGUACCUCGCUGGUUGCCAUUUUGUGUUUUUUACUGACCACAAGCCUCUCUUAGGCCUGCUGCAACACUCUAAGCCCAUGCCCUCUGUACUGUCUCCUCGCAUGCUGCGCUGGAGUGUGAUUCUUGGAGCCUAUGAUUAUGAGCUCUGCUACCGACCAGGUAAACAGCUAGCAAAUGCUGAUGCUUUGAGCUGUCUGCCCCUACCCUCUACAGUGGCAGUGACCCCACCACCCCUGGAGGUACUUUUAUUGGAAAUGGUACCGGAUGCCCCAUUAUAUGCAAGCAGAAUUGCUGCCCUCACUCUGAAAGAUCCAAUUCUGUCUCACGUUUUACGCUGGGUCCUGCAUGGCUGGCCAGCAAAGGUGCCUGAUGCCCGUUUCAAGCCAUUCCUCAACUGCCGUCAUGAGCUGUCGGCACAUAAGGACUGCCUCUUAUGGGGAAGUCGGGUGGUUGUUCCCAAUCUGGCAAGGGAGGGAGUAUUAGCCAUGCUACAUGAUGCACACCCAGGUAUUGUGCGCAUGAAAGGGCUGGGUAGGAGUUAUGUAUGGUGGCCAGGUAUGGAUGCCGCCAUUGAGCAAACUGUGAAAUCCUGUGACAUCUGCCAAAGGUCCUGCCAUGCUCCGCCCACUGCACAGCUGCAUCCAUGGGAGUGGACAACAAAGAAAUGGUCUCGACUGCACAUAGACUUUGCUGGUCCAUUCCAAGGAAAGACUUUCCUCAUCGUUGUGGACUCCCACUCCAAGUGGUUGGAGGUAGCCAUGGUCAGUUCAAUGUUAUCCUCUGCUGUGAUUAGCACACUGAGACUAUUGUUUGCAACUCAUGGUUUGCCAGACGUUAUUGUCCCUGACAAUGGGGCCUCCUUCACCUCUGAAGCAUUCAAGGAGUUUGCCAGGCGCAAUGGCAUAAGGCAUGUGACUACAGUGCCCUAUCAUCCCCGCUCCAAUGGUCAAGCUGAACGCAUGGUCCAGACAACCAAGGAGGCCUUGUCCAGAAUCACCGCUGGGGACUGGCAGACAUGUCUAGCUAGGUUCCUACUGUCACAACACACCACUCCUAAUUGGUCAACUGGAAAAAGCCCUGCUGAGAUGCUCAUGAAUAGGUGCCUUACCACGGCUCUCAAUCGCCUUCAUCCAGAUUUUGAAAAGGACAUGCAUCACAAACAAGAGGUGGUUGCCGAUAGGCAGAGAGGCAGUGCUAGGAGUUUUCAGCCUCAAGAUAAUGUGUACAUGAGGAGCUACGUUGGAGCACAUAAAUGGGUCACGGGGGUCAUCAUGGAUACCACAGGCCCUGUUUCAUACAGAGUACAAACACCAGAUGGGCAACUGCAUCGGCGCCAUGUGGAUCAACUUCGUGGUCGAGUGCCGGCAUGUGCUGACCCGGGUUCUGAAGAAUCACCUGACCACAGUGCCCAGGAGCCUAUUGAACCGACCCAACCUGUCUCUCCGCAACCACCAGACAGCGUGGAGCCAGGUGAGCGAUCCUCACCCCAGCAGUGCAGAGGUGAGGCCUUGGCCAGUGUGCUGGCAUCGUGGGGAGCCUGGGCACUUCCAGGAUCAGUGCCAUGCAAUGGAGGUGGGGGCAGGAGGCAGAUCCCCUAUGCACCAGAAACCAUCCCCAAUCAAGCUGGAACAUACCGCAUACUGAUGUUACUGAAGCCACCGUUCCCACACCAGCAGGCUCAGGAGGAGCUUCUUUCCUGA